CAGAAAAAGAAACACAAAACCCCCCAAAAAAACCCCUCCUUCCCAAAUCCAGCAACAGAUCCUCAACGUUAGGGAUAUUUAAUUUAGGGUCUGGUGAUUCUGAGAGUGAGAAAGCGAAAGACAACAUAAAAACGGAAAUGGCGUUCAGAGGGAACGAGAUGAUGAAGAAGAUACUCAAGAAAGUAGGAGACCAAAACGUGGCUCCAGGACUGAAAGACCAGCUCAAGAAAUGCAUACCCGACACCAAGGUUGUCAUGGGCCGCGCCAAACGCGGCCUCUUCGCCGGCCGCCACAUCCAGUUCGGAAAUCGCAUCAGCGAAGACGGCGGCAACAAGUCAAGAAGGAUUUGGAAGCCAAAUGUCCAGGAGAAAAGACUCUUUAGUUACAUCAUGGACCGUCACAUCCGAGUCAAAGUCACUACUCACGCACUUCGUUGCAUAGACAAAGCUGGUGGGAUUGAUGAGUACUUGCUGAAGACUCCCUACCACAAGAUGGACACAGAAAUGGGCCUGGAGUGGAAGGCGAGGAUUGAGAAGCGGUAUGAAGAGCUUGGGAAGAUGGAGGUUGUGUUCUUUUCACCUGAAGAUGAAGCCAAAUUUGAACAGGGAUUCAAAGAUCUUAAACUUGCUAAGCGAGAGGCUCGGAGGGAUUUUAGAAGGCAGAUGAGUGGGUGGCAUGAGAAACAGAAAGAGAUCGAGGAAGGGCAGGCAGAUGAUCAAGUUGUGGAUGAGGAAGAGCAGCUGGUUGCAAACUCUUGAGGAGUUUGAAGUUCUCUAUAGCUUGGAUUUUGCUACACAUUUUUGUUAAUGUUGACUAGCAGUGAGGUUUCAUUGUCAGCAGUGUUACUUAUUAAUAUUAAUUUGCAGAAAUCCUCAAUAAUAUGGUGAUGUUUCUUUGAUAUCA